AUGCAGAAAUUCAAGGACAAGAUUAGCAAUUUGGAGGGGUCUUUAAAAGAUACCCAUAUCCACGAUGUGAAAGCCGAAGCCACGCAUUUGAAGCACAAGGUCGGCAAGUUCUUUAACAUCAUUAAUCCAAACCAUCGCCAUGACGAGGAGCAUGAGCAGGCCACGGAUCGCAAGCGCACUGAGCUCUCAGAGUCACAUCGCUUCAAGUCUUUUGCGCCCGUCCACGAUGGCAAUCGCGUCAAAUGGUAUGUGGAUGCGAAAGAUUACAUGUGGGCGGUUUCUGAAGCCCUAGAGAAGGCCACUGAGACUAUCUACAUUGCCGACUGGUGGCUCUCCCCAGAGCUCUUCUUGCGCCGCCCUCCGGUGGAGCACCAAGAAUGGCGAUUGGACCAUGUCUUGAAGCGUCGCGCUGAAGCAGGCGUGAAAAUUUAUGUAAUUGUUUACAAAGAGGUUAAUCAAGCCCUGACUUGCAAUUCCGCACACACUAAACAUGCGCUGCGAAAUCUCUGCCCUGAAGGAACCCCUGGUCAUGGCAACAUCCGAGUGAUGCGCCAUCCUGACCACAAUGUAUUUGAAAACGCAGCCGACAUGACUCUCUACUGGGCGCAUCACGAGAAGUUCAUCGUGAUCGACUACAACGUAGCCUUCAUCGGUGGUAUCGAUCUUUGCUUCGGACGGUGGGAUGCAAACCAGCACCCCCUGGCCGAUGUCCACCCCGCAGGACUGCGGGAUGAUAUUUUCCCAGGCCAGGAUUUCAACAACAACAGAAUCAUGGAUUUCCAGAGUGUCCAAGACUGGCAGAGCAACGAAGUCAGUAAAGCCGACUACGGCCGCAUGCCCUGGCAUGAUGUUGCCAUGGGGUUGCAGGGCGACUGUGUGUACGACAUUGCCGAGCACUUCGUCCUGCGCUGGAACUUCAUCAAGCGCGACAAAUACAAGCGCAGUCAUGAUGUCGACUGGCUUUUGAUGGAGGGCCGCACGGGCGAGGAUGAAGACAUCAUUGCCGUGCAGCGUCCUAAGUACCCGUGUGGUGAUUACAUCCAGCACCCGCUGACUCCGCUGGGAACCAAGGCUCGCGGUAAUGUAGGCACUGUGCGUGCUCAGAUCGUGCGCAGCAGUGACGACUGGAGCAGUGGAAUUCUGAACGAGCACAGUAUCCAGAACGCAUACUGCGAGACGAUCCGCAACGCGGAGCACUUUGUGUACAUUGAGAACCAAUUCUUCAUCACUGCCACCGGCGACCAGCAGCACCCGGUUUACAAUCAGAUCGGCCGGGCCAUCGUCGAUGCUUGCGUGCGCGCAGGUAAAGAGGGCCGCAAGUUCCGGGUCAUCAUUGUUAUCCCUGCCAUUCCUGGAUUCGCUGGUGAUCUGCGCGACGAUGCUGCGACGGGUACUCGGGCGAUCAUGGACUACCAGUACAAAUCCAUCUGCCGUGGAGAGCACUCAAUCUACGGACAGAUUGAGAAAGAGGGCGUUGACCCCCGAAAGCACAUUUUCGUAUUUGCACUACGGGCUUACGACCGCAUCAACAAGACGCCCGCGCUCGAGGAACUCGAGAAGGAAGCCGACGUGACAUACCAGGACAUCCAGCGUGGUAUUGCCGAAUCCAUCAUGAGUGAAAGUGUGCACCCAGGUAUUGGCAAAGAAGGCGACAGCAACGAGAAAGAUUAUGAAAACGAGCCAAGUCAAAAAGAAGAAAAUCUCCGCAAGCUCGAGAGAUUCGAAGAAAAAUACGAGCAGCGCAAGAAGGAAGACGGGUUCCAUAGCAAAGACACAGUAUCGCACUGCACAAUGCUGAAUGGAGGUAAAUUGUCAGACGAACAAUGGGAAGGCGAACCAGAAGCCGAGAAGGGCAAUUUCGUUCAGGAGGAACUGUACGUGCACGGCAAGGUGUGCAUCGUGGACGACCGCACGGUCAUCUGCGGCAGCGCCAACAUCAACGAUCGGUCCCAACUCGGCUCGCACGACAGCGAACUCGCAAUCGUUAUGCAAGACCAAGACCUAAUUGACAGCACGAUGGAUGGUGUAUCAUACAAGGCAGCGCGAUUUGCGGCGACGCUGCGCCGGCAGCUGUGGCGCGAACAUCUAGGCCUUCUCCCCGCCCAAGAAUACGAUUCACCGACACAUCCCAACUCCCGAUCUGUAGAUGAGUGUCUGAAUCAGAUCGAUGAGGGUGCAGAGAACGACUUCGUGGCUGAUCCUCUUAGUGAUAAGGUCUGGGACACCUGGACCUCUCAGGCGAGUGGAAAUACUGAGGCGUACCGAAUGCUGUUCCGGGCGGACCCUGAUGACAAUAUCAAGACGUUCGAGGAUUAUGACAACUUCCGGCCACGCGGAAACCAUAAGGAGGGCCAUUUGUUUGAUCCAUAUAUGCCUGCCAAGGAUGUUCGGGAGAAGUUGGAUCUCAUCAAAGGACAUCUGGUUUGGUUACCAUUGGAUUUCUUGAAGGAUGCCGAGAUGGCGGAACCUGGGCUGGCUGUGAACCAGAUUACAGAGAGUAUCUAUACCUAA